AUGUUCCCUUGCAAAGACUCGGAAGCUUUGAAGCUCCUUCGCGAGCUCCAUCGCCAGUGGGGUCUCAGAUUCAAUAGGACUCAUCAGUAUGAGCCGGCAGUCGCUGCGUUUGAGAAAUCACGGGAAGAAGCCGGUGAAGAUGAUCCGAGAACCCUUCUGGGCUUAACCGAGGCAUUAGUUAAUUUGAUGAGAUACUCUCAGGCAGAUACUAUCUCCGAAAGAUGCUUACAGAUGGCGCCAAAUAACCAGCUGGCUAAGUGGAUGAGGAUAGAAACAUUGUACAGGAUCGGGGAAUUCUCGAAAAGUUUGAUCUUAGCUCACCAGGCAGGACACUCGUGCCGUUAUCCGUUUGAGGAUGCAAUUCAUCGUGCUAAUGAGACAGUUGAAGAUUGCCUGGGAUAUAACACAUUGGAGGAUGUUUUGGUAGCUCUAGUACCUUGGAUGAAGAAGGUGGAGAAGCGGCGCAACGACCUGAUAUCCAAGUUGUCGGAACUAAAGAAUGAGUUUGAGGGCAUCGAUGAAGAUCACUCUCGAUUUCCAGCAAAUGAUCCCGAUUACCAGCGCGACUAUCGCGCUAAAAAAUUCAACGACAUGCUGACACGCAGGUACUUGGAAACGUUAGCAGUUGAUAAGUUUUUUGCUGAAAAUUUAUUAAAAAAUCCGGGCUUGAAAACGGCGAACGAGGAGGCUAGCCAGAGGCUAAUAACAAUGGCGCAAGAGCUCGUGACAGGAUCCAAUAAAAUAACGGAGGUUAAUCGUCUUCGGAAGCCUCUUUAUGUCUAUUACUUCAGAAAUAAGAUUAUACCUCCUUCUUUGAAACGGACUAAGUUGAAAGAUAAACAACUGCGUAAAGAUAAUAUUGUUGUCGAGGCUAACUCACUUUUUAUGAGGCUUCACAAAGCACGUAUGGAGCGUGACUACAAAAGCUUCUUCAUGUAUGUCGACAGAGUAAAAAAUAAAUUUGAUUCAUACAAAGAAUGUAUGUUCCCGAUGAAAAAAGAAUGUUUAAAGGAACUGUACAGAAUGAUAUCACGAGUGUACACGGACCCUCGAGACGUGACAAGUAUUAAAGAUGAGAGAGAGAAGAUCAGAUACUUAAAGCAUCAUCUUGGGCUGCGCGAGAGCACGUUCCCAACGGACAGUGAUCUUGGCUGGGUACCGUACACCCUUCAAAGCCGAAAGAAAGCGCCAGAAGUAUUCAGGAAACGUCUGGCACUGGCAUCCGAGCCGCUGGAGCUUGCGUGGUUAUUUCACGAGUUUUCCAAACUCCACGUUGACAUGAGACUUCUUGAUGCAGCUCGUUAUUACGGUAAAAGGUCACGAGACAUGGGUCUACAAGCUCAGGACGACAGAUGGGUAUUAAAUGCCAAUCAUUUGAUCAUGAAAAUUGAAAUUCAGUCGAGGAAUAAGAAUGAAGCUCGGGAUGCUGCACUCUUGGCUUACUGGUGUGCCAAAAGAAUUGGCCUUGACCACUUGAUCGACUUUUACAAGCGCGUCCUUAUCUUCAUCAAGGACGUCGAUAUCGAAAAGUUUUUCACUGUUGAUACCAUCACCAUCAGAGAACGCAUGAUGGUCAAAUUAAUGCCCAGAGAGCUGAAGCGCGACAUGGAUCUUUUAUUGCAACGCGUAAAUGUUAUCCCUGCUAAACGGAGAUUAUCGGUAAUGCCGGGAUGUAAGCCCAAGGAUCAUCGUUUCAAAAUGCCUUGCAGGAGAAAUUCAAUACUGGAGCAACGUCAGCGCCCGUAUGCCCAUCACAAGAGUCCAUUUUCCAAUCGCAAUCGAGAAAUGGAAAUGAGAUGCGAUUUAAUACGACAGUCUGCUCCUUCACGUGAUAUUCUUGGUUGGAUGGACUUUGAAGAUUACCUCUAG